GCUGAACGUCUACCGUACGAGCGUCAGUCGAAACUCUGCAUGGGUUUUUAUUCUUCUGUUCGUGACUAUAACACCAAACAAAUGUUUUCGUUGGCGAAAGCCGAGUUGUUCGAAAAGUCGAUUCAAUGAUAUAUAAAGCGAUGGAUCAAAAAAGUUGAGCAGGCUCGCAAACUUUGCGCGAACUUUCUGAAUGAUUUGUGAGCGACGGAGCGACGGAAUGCCUAACUAGCGUUCUGUCCAGAGUUUUGCGGAGUUUUGUAGGCUGCGUUUAGAUGGAUUGUCGUGUCAUGCUCGAAAGGAUGUGCGUCUUGUCAUUUCUGGACCGAAAAAGUUUCCUUUGAAAAAUAUUCGAAUCGUCUUGGAAGACACGCUGAAUCAGGAGACCUCGGGUCACGACAGGACUACCGUUGUCGCAGACAAUCGGCCAGAAUGGAGACAGGCGCUGCCGAGAAGAAGGACUGUAAAACCACCAGCCUGGAUGGCAGUGGCUUCAGCGACCUGCCCAAAAAGCCCUCGCCGACGCUCCUGACCAGAGGCCCUCAUCCUAUCUUCCCAACUUUCCACACCCCCAUCCCAAUCGACAUGCGGCAUCAUGAAGGCAGAUACCACUAUGAACCCCAUUCCCUUUCCACCCUGCAUGGGCCCACAGGCUUGGCAGGGAGCCCGGUCAUCUCCGAUAUCUCCCUGAUCCGGUUGUCUCCGGCCGGCACGGGCGAGUCACCUUUCAGCCCCGCACACCCCUACGUCACCCCACAUAUGGAGCACUACCUGCGCUCGAUGCACAGCAGCCCCAUCUCCGUGAUCUCGGCCGCCCGCGGCCUCAGCCCUGCUGACCUAACCCACGAGCACCUGAAAGAGCGUGGGCUGUUUGGCCUGGCCCCGCCACUGCCGGGGGCCGGCUCAGCCGACUACUACCACCUGAUGACCAGUCACCGGAGCCCAUACGGGGAGCUGCUCGUGCAGGGGGCGGGGUCUGCCGCGGCCGCGGCCGUCCACCUGCCGGACUACAUCAACCCCAUGGACGUGUCUCGGUUCUCCAGUCCCCGCCUCACACCCAGGCUGAGUCGGAAGAGGGCCCUGUCCGUCUCUCCUCUCUCUGACGCCAGCAUUGACCUGCAGACCAUGAUCCGCACCUCGCCCAACUCCCUGGUGGCCUACAUCAACAACUCGCGCUCCAGCUCGGCUGCCAGCAGCUCCUACGGACACCUGUCCGUCGGGGGCCUAAGCCCUCCGUUUCCUUUUCCUCACCCCAUCAACCCGGUGGCAUACCAGCAGCUGUUGUCACAGCAACGGGGCCUGAGCGCGUUCGGACACACGCCGCCCCCCGUCCUCCAGCCUUCGUCUGCCUUCUCGCCCAGGCAACUCCCGCUGGGCGUGUCCGCCCGCGAUGACACCGAAGCCAAGAACAUGAGUGGUGACUCAGCAGUCAGCAGCACAGUCAACCCUCUGAUCACCAAAAGGUCGAAGGUCAAGACAGAACUGGAUGGGUCACAGCCUGUUUCUCCCUGCUCUCCGGACCCGUCGGGGGCGGCAGAGCUGAGGGAGGAUGUGGAAAAAGACGAAGGCAAGCAGGAGCCCGAGGUGGUGUACGAGACCAACUGCCACUGGGAAGCCUGCACCAAGGAGUUUGACACACAAGAGCAGCUGGUCCAUCACAUCAAUAAUGAACACAUCCAUGGGGAGAAGAAGGAGUUUGUGUGUCGCUGGGAGGAGUGUUCAAGGGAGAAGAAGCCCUUUAAGGCCCAGUACAUGUUGGUGGUGCACAUGCGUAGACACACAGGCGAGAAACCUCACAAGUGCACGUUUGAGGGCUGCUCAAAGGCAUAUUCUCGCUUGGAGAACCUGAAAACACACCUGCGGUCACACACGGGAGAAAAGCCCUACGUGUGUGAGCAUGAGGGAUGCAACAAGGCCUUUUCCAACGCCUCGGACCGGGCCAAGCACCAGAACCGCACACACUCGAACGAGAAGCCGUACGUGUGCAAAAUCCCCGGGUGCACCAAACGCUACACAGACCCCAGCUCCCUCCGCAAGCACGUCAAGACCGUCCACGGGCCCGAGGCGCACAUCACCAAGAAGCAACGCGGCGACCUGCCGCCCCGCCCUCAGCCGCCACGGGAGAACGGAGACAGUGAGGCGGGGACCAAGAACCCUGGCCAUGGUGCACACGACAAGUUCAAGGCCAACAGCACCACCAGGGGUGUGGAAGACUACCUGCAUGUGAAGUCCAUCAAAACCGAGAACUCCGUGAUGUAUGAGUCCAGCCCUGGUGGUCAAUCAUCAUGUAGCAGCCGGCCAUCACCACUUGGCAGUGCCUCCCACCAUGACAGUGGAGUAGAGUGGGCAGGCCCCGGCGGGGGUGGCGGUGGAGAACUGGGUGGGCCAGACGAUGCCCCCCUGGUGGACUCCAGCGGCCGCGCCGGGGCUCUGGCCCUCCGCCUCCACGCUGGCACUAGCCCCGCCUGCCGGCUGGGCCUCCUCAAACAGGAGAAGCUGAAGACGGUGAGGGAUUCGUGCUACUGGGCCCACAUCACCCCGCAAUCCCCAGGCACCAAGCUGCCACCCCUCCCUACCAGCGGCUCCUUACUGGAGAGCUCAAGAGAUUCCAGCGUUCCUUCCCUGAUCACAGGGCCACGCGUGAGCGACCUCUGCCCAGGCGUGACACUCGUGAGCCAAGCGUUGGAUCGUCGCGAUAGCCUGGCGAGCACGGUCAGCUCGGCGUACACCCUGAGCCGCCGUUCGUCGGGCAUCUCGCCAUGCUACUCCAGCCGCCGCUCCAGCCAGGCCUCGGCGGUGGGCGGGCGACUGCACGAUGUGCGCUCGACCGACUCCUACGACCCGAUCUCCACGGACAUGUCCCGGCGCUCGAGCGAGGCCAGCCAGGGCGGCGGAGGCCCACCCGGCCCACUGGGUCUCACGCCUGCCCAGCAUUACCGGCUCAAGGCCAAGUACGCGGCUGCCACAGGAGGAGCGCCGCCUACACCGCUGCCCAGCAUGGAGCGCAUGAGUCUGAAGAUGCGGUUGGCCCUGCUGGGGGACUCUCAUGAGGCACCCGCCUACCCAUCAGGCACCCACGUGCCACCUCGGAGGUGCAGCGACAUGGGCUUCGCCAGAGAAAUGAUCCGUGAAGUGCCGGGUGGUACUGCCCGUCGGGCGAGCGACCCGGUGCGGCGGGUGACCGCAGAGCCACAGCACCUCCAGAAGGGGCAGCGUUUCGGUAGCAUGAGCAAUGUAAACCCCCAUCCAAUGGCAGGCCUACCAACCUCGAGCCGCCUGUCGCUGCAGGGCUUCACCCGCUCCAAUGGCAGCCUGACCCGCCUCCAGUACCCUCCACGCUCUCCCAGCAUCUCGGAGCAUAUUGCCAUGGAAACCACAUCGAAUGAGGUGAGCGGCCCGAAUUCUGGCACUGACGAUGACAUGAUGCUGCCGGAUGAUGUAGUGCAGUACCUCACUGCUACCGGAGAGCCCGCUCGACCCGCAGAGCUCGGGUAUCGUACCGAGCAGGCACAGGGCAUCCUCGGGCAUGCCGUCCCUCCUCCACAGUCAUGCUACUACCAGCGGCGGGUAGCCAUGACGAACGGGUCAUUGUGCCCCACACAUCCACAUUCCUUCCCACCCUCUCACGGUGCCGGCAAGUGCCACAUGCCCGUGCAGUGGAACGAGGUCAGCUCAGGGACGGUGGAGGCAUCGCCCAGCCAAACCAAACAGCUGCAGGCGCCAGCCUGGGGCGACCAGCAGAAGCAGACCUUCGGCCCAUUCCAGAACCUCACGUGCACCCAGCAAGCGGGAGCCAUGGGUCAGAACCUAACCCAGCAGGGACCUGUGCAGAGGAGUGGCGACCUCCCGGCCCAGGGCAUGAACUGCGACCGGGCUCCUGGGCCCCUAGCCAACAAUGGCCACCAGAGCGAGCAGGUCCACGCCCAGCACACCUGCCUUCAAGGCCCUGCCGCUGCUACCAGCACCAACCGAAAGGUGAGCCAGCUCCACAGCGCCACAGGCGGAGGAAGCGUAGCUUUGACAAGCCCACUGUUGACAGCAGAGCAGUCACUGCAUGCACAGAACAAUAGGGUAAGAACGAAGCCAAUCGGGCCUCAGUACCACCUGGCUUUUGAGAACGGCCACAGCAACUUCUCACAUCUGACUGGUCAGCAGAGCUACGGUGCACUGACCCAGAAUGCUUUGCUGAAUGGAGGCCCCAGCUUGCUGCAGCCCAAGCCACCUGCGCACCCCAGACCUUAUGGCAGGCAGCAGUCUGGGCCAAGUGCCACAGCAACGAUCCAGCCGGGCCACCCACAAGACAACUUCAGCCCGCUGUACGACACAUCCGAAGCCAGCCCAAAGGCGCCCGCCGACAGCAGCGGCAGCACAGUGUUCUACACGGGCCAGAUCCAUAUGUUUGACGUGCCCGACACGGGAGUGGGCGUUGUGACGAUGGCCACUGUCAGUUCUCCAGGAACCAAUCAGGUGUCGAGCACAGUGGACUGCCCUGGUGGGGUGGAGCAGCCCCAGAUCGACUUUGACACCAUGCUGGAUGACGGCGACCACUCCAGCCUCGUCUCAGGAACUCUGAGUCCCAGCAUCCUCCGCAGCCUGUCACAGAACUCCUCGCGCCUCACUACACCCCGCAACUCGGUAACGUUGCCCCCAGUUCCUGCAGGAAUCGGCAACAUGGCCAUCGGAGACAUGAACUCCAUGUUGACAGCACUGGCAGAAGAAAGCAAGUUCCUCAACAUGAUGUCUUAAGAGGUCCAGCAGGAAAAGAAAAAUCUAAUGUUGAAGUAGACAACAACAGGAAGUUGUCUAUGAAUAAAAAAGUAAGAAUGUUUAUCAACACAGAAUUCUCCUAUCAUAAAAUCUUUUUAUCACAUUUUAACUGUAUUAUCCUGUGUAGCAUUAGUCUAGAGACUUUGUGGUAGUUUUCCUUCUGUUGAAAAAAGCCAUAUUUUGCCUUAGAUCAGUGUAUGUACUGUACUGUAUACUGAAAAGAUACAAAGAAUUUGAAAGGCCUCAGUCCGUUAUUUUUGUAAACUUUUAUGGUGGUGAAAAGAAAACAAGUGCCUUGCUGUGCAAAUGCACAUGCAGGAAGCAAAAAGAAAUACAGUCUUGUCUUGUCUUUUGAGAAUGCAUAGAGGUUUUGUACAUUAUGUAAAUUGCAAAUGCUCGAUUUCUGUUUACAUGUUGAUGGAACAAAGAUGUGUGUGUGUGUGUGUGUGUGUGUGUGUGUGUGUGUGUGUGUGUGUGUGUGUCUGUGUGUGUAUCCAAUCAAUUGCAGAAAUGUAUAAUAGAAAUAGAAAGAAAUACCAAAUUGAAUGCUUUCCCUCCGUGUGGGCUAAAUCUCUGAUGUCAAAGAUGUCACGGAAUUCUGCACCAUAUAUCAGAAAUACUGCGCAGCACAUUAUAACUGAACAAAGAUGACGCAGUGUCAUGCUAAGGAACCCUUGUUUAGGAGGACAGAAUUCCAAGGCGCGCGGCACCCCGCGUAGCCUCGCUCCGUGUGGGUUUGGCCUGAACUCCUCCUAGCCAACGACUGUCCCGGAUUCUCAACUCUGAACCCUGAUGUCACCUAUAAUCGUUUUGUUUGUUUGUUUGUUUGUUUUUAUUUUUGUUUAGUUUUUUGUAUGUGACCAGACACCUUUUACUGGUGCUGGAUAUGUAGAUAUCUUUUGUACAUUUUUUUAAUGAAAUACAGUAUUGUUGGUUUUCUA